CUGCUUUCAUUUAAAUAUUGUUUAUGUGUUUGUCUGCAUUUUCACAAAGGGUUUAAACUGCUUCUUGCGUUCACACUCAAGGAUAUGAUAUGAUGGGGCUUGCCUAUUUCUUCACCCCUUUUUACCUGUCAAAAGUUGCAUUUUUUGACCUUUUUUUUGUGGGUUUUUGUCUGGUGCUAAAUCUACCUGGAUGUUUGGUGAAUUUUGCCCGUGAAAAAUCCUUUCACCUCCCCUUUCUUCUUGGAUGCUUUUGUUGUCUAUUUUGGAGUGAAUUUGUGGCUUUAUUAGCUGGAUUUUAGAAAAUUAUGUUUCAGUAGUCAACCAUCAAAAAGGGUUGCUUGAUUAUGCAAAUAUGUUUAGUGAUGCAUUUCUUGUUUUGGGCAUUCUUGGUUAGAGUGUUUGGUAAAGUUUAUGUCUGUGAGAGAGUAAGAGUUUUGUUUGUUUGAAAAGAUAAAUUUUUUAUUGGCUGUUUUCAUGAGAAAUUUGAAUGAAGGCUUAGCAAUGGCAUGUUUGAAGUGACUCAUUUAUUGUUGGUGUUAUUAACAUCUUUUUGAUUAGGAAUGAUUUAAGUUUGCUGAGAAGGGAUGAGCAUUAAGUAUUGGCUUUACAAGCAAAAGAAUCAGCUGCGUUCGAAAUUGGGGAAGAUGAUGAAAUGCAUUUGCUCCAGCGAGCAACUACAAGCAGACGAAGGGAUCCCUGCUUCAUCGGAGUCACUGGCAACUCGGGACUAUUCAGCCAGUGGAUUCUCUUCGCGAGCUGGGGAUGGUGACACGAGAGCUGACACCAGUAACAUAGAAGAGGCGGAGUCAUCACUCCGUGAGAGUGGCUUCUUGAACUAUGAGGAAGCGAGAGCUUUGUUGGGACGGCUUGAGUAUCAAAAGGGAAAUGUUGAAGCUGCACUUACUGUUUUUGAAGGGAUAGAUGUUGCUGCUGUAAUUCCUAGAAUAAAGGCCACUAUAGUUAGAAGAUGUGAGCUUCCGAGACGCCAUUCUCAAAGCAAUGGUACUCCACCGAUGUCUAUGCACGCUGUAAGUUUGCUUGUCGAAGCAAUUUUCCUCAAAGCCAAAUCUCUCCAGGUUCUUGGAAGGUACAAAGAAGCCGCUCAAACGUGCAGUGCAAUAUUAGACACUUUCGAAUCUGCAAUACCGGAAGGCUUGCCAGAAAAGUUUGCUUCCGACUGCAAAUUGCUGGAAACGUUAAACAAGGCUGUGGAGUUGCUUCCUGAGCUGUGGAAGCUCGCGUUCGGCCCCCAAGAAGCAAUAUUAUCCUACAGAAGAGCCCUACUUUAUCAGUGGGAUCUCGAUGUGGAAACCAGAACAAGGAUAGAAAAGGAUUUUGCCGUGUUUCUUCUUUACAGUGGUCACGGUGCAAGUGCUCCGAAUCUUCGUUCACAGAUGGAUGACUCUUACAUACCGAGAAACAAUGUUGAAGAAGCUGUUCUCUUGCUACUACUGAUCCUCAAAAAGAUUUUUCUGAAGAGGGUCGGAUGGGACCCUUCGAUCAUAUAUCACCUUGGUUUCGCCUUGUCAAUAGCAGGCGAAUGCAGGUCGCUCGCCUGCCAAAUCGAAGAUUUGCAUCCAGGGUUCAUCGAAAGAAGAGAAAAGUACACUUCUCUAGCCCUCUGCUACCAUGCAGAAGGCGAUGACUCAAUCGCUCUAAAUUUGUUGCGAAACCUUUUGAAUAACAGAGAGAAUCGCAGUAGUUGUGAAUUCGAAUUGCUGUUGGCUUCAAAGAUUUGUACAGCGAACUCGAGCUUCCUUGAAGAAGGGACGCAGUACAUCCAUAAACUGCUCGUUGCAUCUGAAAAAUGCCACGAGAGAGCUAGUGUUGCUAAUCACUUGUUAGGCCUCUCUCUUUCCGCCCAAUCUAGAGGCGUGGGGUCGGAUGCCCAGAGGAUCUCGCUGCAAUCAGAGGCGCUGGAGGCGCUUGGAACGGCUCAAAAGAUGACUAGAGGGACGAACCCCAACAUCCUUCUUUCUCUUAGUCUCGAAAAUGCUGAGCAGAGAAAGCUGGAUGCUGCUCUUUAUUACACGAAGCAGUUGCUGGCACUCGAAGGUGGCUCGAAUAUCAAGUGCUGGAUUCUCCUUGUUCGGAUUUUGUCUGCUCAGAAACGAUACGUAGAUGCAGAGAUCAUGCUCGAUGCUGCUCUGGACGAAGCAGGAAAGUGGGAUCACGCAGGACUGCUACGAACCAAGGCUAAACUCCAAAUAGUGCAAGGCCAUUUGACUGAUGCGGUUGAAACGUAUACGAAACUCCUUGCUGUUCUUCAAGUGCAGAGAAAGAGCUUCCAUGUCCACAAACUGCUCUUACAAGACAGGCAGAGGAUCGCGAGCUUAGAACUGGAGACGUGGCACGACCUUGCAAACGUCUACGCCAGUUUAUCUCAGUGGCGAGACGCUGAGAUAUGUCUCUCGAAAUCUGAAGCCAUCAAUCCUCACUCGGCCUCAAGAUUGCAUUCUGCAGGUUUACUCUACGAGGCGAAAGGCAUGCAGAAGGAGGCUCUGAAGUCGUUCGAGAAGGCACUAGACAUCGACCCUAAUCACAUCCCGAGCUUGAUAUCCACCGCGGUUAUCGUGAGACAGCUCAGCGAGCAGUCCGUGGCGGUGGCGAAAAGCUUCCUGACUGAUGCUUUGCGGCUCGACAGAAGCAACCAUACGGCCUGGUACAAUCUCGGCCUCAUCUACAAGAGCGAAAGCAGCGCCACGGCUCUGGAGUGCUUCGAGGCUGCAGCCAUGCUCCAGGAAUCCGAACCGAUCGAACCUUUCAGAUGAUGAUAGGAGGGUAAAAAUUAGACAGAUGUGUAUGUUGAUAUAUAGAUAGAUGAGGUAAACUUGUCACGUGCUACAUACCUCGUACACUUGUGAGUGACAUUUUGAUUGCAAAAAUAGCUUUAGUCAGUAUGAUGUUAGAUUGUGUUGUAGCUUGAUAAAAAUUCAUCCAAAGUUAUCAUUAAUUAGCUUUCAUCAACUUUAACUCCAA